AUGGAUAGUCCAGAUACUACAUUUACCUUGGCCUACAUAGUAUUUGCUUUUUGUUUUGUCUUCACCCCGAACGAAUUUCGUUCAGCAGGGUUUACGAUACAAAAUAUAUUUUCGGGAUGGUUAGGCAGCGAGGAUAUUAGUUUUAUUCACCACCACAUCAAAAGAACGACCUUAACUGUGCUUGCCCACUGCUCAUUACCUCUUGGUUACUACAUGGGGAUGUGCAUUGCGACUCCAGAUUUGAAUCUUGUGUAUGUUCACUCAGCCAGCCAAGGCUGGCAGCUGUAUUUUGCAGUGUCAGCCACUCUUCUGCUUCUGAGCUGUGCCCUUGCUUUUUACUGGUCCAGAAAUAAAUGGUCUAAUCACCCAAUAGCUAGGUGCCUUAGUGUACAUGCAUUACCACAGUCUAGCUGGAGGGCAGUGGCAUCUUCCAUCAACACAGAAUUCCGCCGCAUUGACAAAUUUGCGACAGGUCCCCCUGGUGCUAGAGUGAUCAUUACUGACACAUGGAUAAUGAAGGUCACAACAUAUCACCUGCAUGUUGCAUUGCAGCAAGACACACACUUAACUGUCACAGACUCAAAACAGCACGAUCUUUCACCUGACUCAAACAGUCCUGUGCAGAUCCUGACCCUUACAGUCGCCAGCAUCAAUCCCAGAGUCAAGGCUUUUGACAUAAGAUUGAAUUCUACAGAGUAUGCUGAGCUUAGAGAGAAAUUACACGCUCCGAUCAGGAAUGCUGCCAAUGUUGUCAUUCAUCUAACAAUGAGUGAGCUCUUCCUGGAAACCUUCAAAUCCCAUGUGGAGAUGAACCCAGUUUACGAGCGCACAAGCGGACAGGAACUGGAGCCCUGUAUCGGGUGCAUGCAGGAGAGUGCCAGCAUUAAAUUAGUGCGACUCUGCCAUGAUGAGGGUGAAGGUGACUGCCAACAGUGUUACUGCCGACCUAUGUGGUGCCUCACCUGCAUGGGAAAGUGGUUUGCCAGUCGACAGGACCAGCAGCGGCCAGAGACCUGGUUGGGCAGCAGGGUGCCCUGUCCAACCUGUAGGGCCAAAUUCUGCAUUUUGGACGUUUGCAUUGCUCAUUAAUCACACGUCAUCAUGGGACAACUGUUGAUGAAAACAGCCCCAAUGAGAAUUGGACUUCAAUUUUUGUUCAUGUUCAUUUUUUUUUUUUUUUUAAGCCUUGCCUUCUCUCAUCUUUAUUGAGUUGAUUGUAAUAUUUUGAUGCCAUGUGCCUGAGAAGCUGUAAUGUAAUAAUAAGGUAUUUCCUCAUAUUUUGGUCAGCUUUCCCAUUUCGCUCAUUUUGAAAAGUACCGUGUGCCUCAAACAUACAUUGAAAUAAUCUGUUUACAUAACAACUGGGGAACUUUCAAGAUUUUCAGUGACAGACAUAAAUGAUAAGGUCUUAAAGGUUUUGUUUCAUUUAGGUUUGGAAACUCUCAUAGUAAGUAUUGAUUUUGAAACUGAAAAACUUUAAAGCCAACAAACAUUUUUCUUGGGCUUCCCGAUCAUUAUGAUUAUGGCUUUCUCGUUUGUGCAUGACACCUUCAUAGUUAUUAUAUUUUUGUGUGUUCCUUUUCUCUGAUUUAUACAUAUAUCAAAUAUAGAGUAAACUCAGGGAAUAAAUGCGG